AAUGUAAUAAAAAUUGUCUUAAGUUACCACAAAAACAAAUUGGGAUGACAUCAGAAAAGAAUAGAUGAGAUAAAUAUUAGAACAAGGUAAUAAAAUAAUAUAAUAGUGAGGUUCAAAUAUGACAGAUGAUGAUGUAGUUUAUAUUAAGCACUGUAUAAAGAAUUUUAGUGGUCCAACAGCAUAUAUGUGGUUAGAGAGUAAUCUAAAAGGAGAUUAAAUAAAUGAAGUUAAUAAAAAAUGAUAACAUUAGAUAAUAAAGCAUAUAAAAAUAGCGACAAGUAAUGAUGGAACGAAUCCUAUUUAUUUAGUAUAAGAAGGUAUGAAAAUGAUUUAUAAUUAGGUGAAUUAUCAUCAAAGACAAGAGUUUAUAAAAAGGCAGAAGUUGUAUAAAAUGAAGAAGUUGAAUUUGGAACAGGAGCUAUAGCUUUUUAGGUUGACAGAUAAUUAUUUAACUCAUUUAAAAAUGUAUUGAAUUAUUCAAAUUAAAUAGAGUGCCGAAUUAUAAGAAUUGGAAAUAAAAUCCUAAAAUUUACAACGUUGUAUUCCUAUAAGAUCAUUUGAUAUUUAAAAAAAAUAAUCUCUGUUACCAUUAUUUAAAGAAACAAAAAAAAAAUUCGGAAGCAUUAUGACAGUUCCAGGAGGAGGAACUGCAAGUGUUUAUUUUUAAACUAAAGGGUCAACAUUAAUAUUUACUUAGACAAAAAUUCAUAAUUUUGUAAUAGUUGGAUGUAUUCAAAAUGUUGGAGUGUUUAAUGAAUAAAAAUAAUUAUUUGAUUAAGGAUCAGAAUAUGGAAGUAUAUCUAUAUGCGAAUCUACUGUAUGAAUUCAUUAUUAUGAGUAUUAGCUUUAUUAAUUAUAAGCAGAAGAUGUAAACAAAUUACCAGAUGAUUGUAUACAAUCUUUGAGAGCAGGUUUUUUAGCUAAAAAAAUUAUAUAUAAAUCUAUUCUUGAUAAAGUUCAAUAAAUGAAAGAAGAUGAUGAAUUUGUUGAAUUUUAAGAUAAGAUUUGUAAGAAGUAUUCAGUCGAAUAUAGCAGUAUAUUAAAUAUUAUUUAAAAAAAUACUAAAAAUGGAAAAAUUGAAUCAACAGAUAAAUAAGAAUAAAUAGAAAAAAAUAAAUAAAUGUUUGAUAAAACUAUUGGUGGAAAUAGAAUGAAUAAUGUUUUAAGUUAAAUGAGUGAUAAAGAAAGAACUUUAUGUUUAGGAACACCAAGAAUUGUUAAUAAAUAAUCAACAUUUUUAGGUUUAACAUAAGAAUAAGAGACAUCUUUAUUUGCAUUAAGAUAACUUGGUAAUUUUAUUAAAUUAUUUUAUUUUAGCUACUGAUUUAAGAAAAGGAAAUAAUAAUACAAAUUCUAUUAUUCCAAUGUCUAAAGAAUCUGUUAAUAAAGCAAAAUAAGCUUUGCUUCAAGAAGAAAAAAUUAAUAUUGGUGAAGUUUUAUAAAGAAAGACUAUUUCUACUAAACUUUAGGAUGAUCCUAAAAUGUUGGAAAAAAUGAAAAAAGAUAAUUAUGAAUUAUUAUCUUAAUAUCCUUAAGAAGAAGAGAAAGUUCUUAAAAUACAUUCUGAAGAUCCUAACAAAGAUUAAAAAAUAGAAACAGAUGCUAACUCUAAUCAAAAUGAAUUCAAAGGAAGACUUUAAACAAGAUAAAGUUCUAUAAAAGGAUAGUAAACUGCUUAGUAAAUUUAAAUAGAUAAAAAAAACAAAUUGCUUUAAAGUUUAGUUUGA